ACAAGUACAGUCAGUGCACGUGGCCGCGUGGCCGGCCGUGAAGCUGAAGCUGAUCAAAGCGUAUAGCUACUGGACCGGGUCCGGGUGUGUUGAUCAAUUAAUUCGAGCAUGCCAUGGCGAACGGAUCUUGCGUUGAUGUUCGCUUCAUCGAUUCAUUGAAGGGAAGAGGUCUAUUUUCUACAAGAGAUGUAGCUGCAGGAACGGUGCUCUUUGAAGAAAAGCCUCUUGUUUGUGCUCAGUUCUUGUGGAAUGAGUUUUAUAACUACGAAGCAUGUGAACAUUGCUUGAGGUCGAUGGAAAAUGCUGAAGAGAUGGCUAGACGUCUUUCAGCCAACCCUUCGCUGGUCCUUCCCUACACGGAGUGUUGUAAAGUGAAAAAAGAAAAUUUUGUACACUGCCCUCAUUGUCAGGUUGUAUAUUGCAGCAGUGAAUGUAGAGAAGAAGCAUGGAAUGAAUAUCAUCAAGUACUCUGUAUAUCACAUCAUCCACCUGAUCCUAAUCAUCCUCUUGUUAUCCUUCAGGAAGUUUGGAAAACGAUGCACUAUCCCCCAGAGACGACUAGUAUUAUGUUGAUUGCCAAGAUGAUUGCACUUAUCAAACAGGCCAAGUCAAAAGAAGAGAUAAUAGCAGUCUUCAACCAAUUCUGCCAUGUACCUCAUAAUGAAGAGAUGGAACUGUCACAUAAACUACUUGGGAAGCAAUUCAAGGGUCAGUAUGAAGCUCUCCAGCCAUUGUUGCUCAAUGCUCUCUAUGAAGAAUCUGUUGCUCAGUGGUUUACUCCAGAUGGUUUGAGAUCUUUGUUUGCUCUCAUUGGUAUGAAUGGACAGGGAGUUGGUUCAAGUUCUGUAAGUGUGUAUGUUCAUAAUUGUGAUGAUCUUGAUCUGGAGGAAGAAGAAAGGCAGAAUCUAGACCAGUUUAUUGAUCAGCUUUAUGUUGAUAUGGAGAAAGAAUCUGGAGCCUUUUUGAACUGUGAGGGCUCAGCACUCUAUAAAUUGCAAAGCUGCUGUAAUCACAGCUGUGAACCAAACGCUGAGAUUAAUUUUCUUCACAACAACUCUACUCUUAGCCUCACUGCUCUCACAGAUAUUUCUGAGGGAGAGGAAGUAUUAAUCAGCUAUCUUGAUGAAUGCAGCAGAGAAAGAAGUAGACACUCUAGACAAAAGGAGUUACGGGAGAACUAUCUCUUUACUUGUGACUGUCCGAAAUGCAGACUGCAGUGUGAUGAUCCUGAUGCGACAUCAAGUGAAGAGGAGGAAGAAGAAGAGGAGGAGAUGGAUGAUUGUGGAGAGUUAGAAGGAAAGAAUUCAGAUGAAAUAUCACAGGAUAGAUGAUAGUUAUUCUAAAAAAAAAAAAAAUAUUCUGUGGUAUUGUAAGUUACCUAAUUUAUAUUAUACCAUUGUCCAAAGUGUUAAAUCAAUUUUUGUCCUUGACUAGCGGGAAUGGCCGGAUUUACCUGACAUUUACAUUUUGGUUAAAAGAAUUUCAGCCCACAUUUCUAUAGAAUGUUAGCUCACCUCACUUAUCCAAUGUCAAUGAAAGAAGCUAUGUAUCAAAAAUUUUGUUGAAGUAAAUUUUAUAUUUGUAUUAUCUUUUUAUUUCAUUUGUGCUUUUCACUGCAGGUUCAAAUAAUCUAUUAUUUGUAGAUUGGGUUGACCAAUGACUGUAAGCACUCCAUAAUAGCAUGGUGUAAGUCAAUACAAUGGCAAUAUCUCCUGGGUCCCGUAACACAAAGGUUAGCGAUUGAUGGUACGCUUGAUUUCUACGAUCGAUUGUACAUUGUAGUCAAUGGAAUCAAUCAUAGAAAAAUGUUCUACGAUCAUUGCUAAGUUUUGUGUUAUGGGCCCCAGAUGUGAUUGAUGUAGAAUGAUGAUUGAUCAAUAUGACAAAGGCAAAUGAUGCACAAGGUUGUGUCACUACUAUUUUUUUAUCAUUGUUACAAAUUUUUAACAUAACCAUUUGUUCGUGUUAUCUUUCACAGUACUUUUCCAAUUUCUUGCUUUGUAAAAUGAAGUCAGUUCUUUACAUAGCCAUUCAUGCAUGACUUCAAAAAGAGCUUACUGGUCUCAAUAGCAAAUGGUUCUUUUUAAUAGCAUGAAAAUUUGCUUCGUUACUGGGAAAACUCUUUGAUACUGGAUGUUGGGCCCAAUACUUUAGCAUUAUCAUCCAUUAUGUUCGUUGCAUAUUUUUUUGUUAUCGCAAACUCUGAUAAUUCAUUUCUAAGAACUUUUCUGACUUCUUCCUCUUUCUCAUUCGGCAUGAUUAUUUGUAUUUCUAGUGGAUCGUUUUCCUUCCUUUUCCCUAAUAGUGUUUCAGACCAAACUAGGACCCUCCAGCUUAUAUCACAUAGUCAACCAGGAAGAGUUGUGCACCACUUUCAGUAUAGAAACUACUGUUCUUGGUAGUAAGGCCAUUAGACAUAAAGGCAUUGACCGUGGGUGGCCAAUGUCUUCUUUUUUUUUUCAUUAUCACAUUCCUCCAGUAGGUGUUGAAUACAGAAAAUAUCAAAUUGAAAACUGAGUAAGAGUAUACCAACCUAUACAUUUACAGAGUACCUAUUCUACCUGUUAAGGAAGUACAGGGCUUGUUCCCCACCAGGACUCCUAAUGUAGACAUGGGUCCCAUUGAUAGCACCUAUGACUCCUGGAAACCUGCAGUAAUCAUAAAAUUGUAGCUGGGUGGUUUCAAUUUCAUCUCUCGUUGUCGGAAACUUCAUGAAUUGUCUCUUCCUCCUUGCUAUUGCCUCAGAAACAUCUUUGAUGAUUCUGUAUACGGAUGACUGAUACACACAGAUCAGUUUCCCCCAGAUAAUGUAACACUCAAUAAAAAUUCAAUAACUUCAUAAUUCUUCAUCAGAUUUUUAUUUUAUUUUUUAUUUUUUGCUAACUGGAUUUUUCUAUAUAAAAAUCUUAUUAUUUUCUGCCUGUAGAAUACCUUUUAAAGAAUGUAAUUUGA